ACUAUAUGUAUUUAGUUUUCAUGGAUCAAACAGAUGAUGAGUCAGACUCAAACAUACAAGACGCCAUAGCUUUGGAGACCAUCGAAACAGAACCUGGAAAAAAAAGAAAGCCACGCAGAAGGAAGUCCAAUUUAUCAAGGAAGAAGAAUUCGAAACGGAAUGCUCAAAUUCUAGUGUCAGGAAAUAAACGGGAUAUUCCAGAUGCCCUCGGAUUUGUCAAUAAUCUAACCAAGACCAACAAACUUCAACAUGCGUGCACGAUAGGGGAUCUGGACGAAACCCGGAGACUUAUGGAAAAUCUAAGUUACUCUCAGUUGUUAAAACGAGACACAAGUGGUGAUACAGCCCUUCAUAACGCGAUAAUUAACGGUCUAGGAAUCAUAAAGCAGUUGGGGAAUAACAACGUCCCGGGAUUAGUUUCUGAUUCAGACGGCUAUAAACACAAAGAGCAGCAGGAUUACAGUAUCGAAGGCAAUUCAAUAUCAAGAAGAUCAACAGUUCGAAAGGCAGAAGCAACAACAGAAAGAGAGAACUUCUCAAUAUGGUAGACAAGUCGUUCGCAACAUCGCAGAUAAGCAUAUGGCGAAGGGAAUACGCCUAUUUCUCUUUUCCUGAUGCCUACAAACAGUAGCUACGAAGAUCAAGAAGCUCCCCGCCUUCAGCAAACUCCUAGAGAUAACAGAAGAAGACUCCUUCUACCCUCUCCCCUUUACUGGAGAGAAUCUCUCUCAGAAGCUCAAGCUAAAGGAUUGUCUGUUCGAUAAAACACCUGGCUCUAAGAAGAAUAAAGAGGUUAGACCCAGAACGGUGAACGAGCCGCCCAGAGGUGCCGUUCCUGUUAGGACAGCCGGUUUCCACAAAAGGAAUGAAGAAAGAUAGAACAAUUUAAAAUGUUCGAUUGUGAAAUGCAUUAUGUUUAUUUUGUUUGUUUUCCGAUAUAUGUUUGAAGAGUUGACUUCAAGUUUUAGUAGAGUUUAGAAGAGUUUUAGUAACUUAUCUACCAGUUGAUAUAAAAUGACUGACACACAAUGUUACGUAUUUUACCCUUUUCCAGAGAGUACGAUUUUAAAUACUAUGAUUAAUGAAAGCAUGCUAUUAAAAAUAGAGUACAUACCAUUGUU